UUCGCUCUCCACAGUACCCAUACGUGGGCUCGUGGCCAGCGCGAGGCGGUUCGGGUGCUGGCAACCGACGCAUUUGGCCAUGGCCGGCAGCGCCCUCUCGCGCUACUGGACGAUCAAUGUGCCCGCCAAGACGAUGGCCGAGGAGGUGGCCGAGGCCCACCUCUUCCUCUGGCCGCUGCGCAACGACACCUUCGCCGUCGCUUCGUGCCUCCGCUUCAGCCGCUGGCAUCUCUUCCUCGCCGUGCUUCUGACGCAGUUCAUCACAGGCUCCAUCUACUCGCUCGUGAGCCUCUCGCAGCCCCUGGACGCUUUCUUCCAGGGCAACUUGUACGCUGGCAAGUCGACAGCGCUGCUCAUGACCGGGUCGGCGUCCAUGGCGGUCGCGGCCGCGCUCUCUGGGCCAGCACUCGAGCGCCGCGGUCCGCGCUGGAGCAUGACGAUGGGCACGUGCAUUCUCGCGCUCGGCUUGCUACUGGGUCAAGGCGCCACCAUGACACGAACGUGGGCUCUCAUGUUCCCAGCAGGCGUGUGCUACGGCGUUGGCGUCGGCUACCUCCUCAUCACGUCGUUUUCGACGCUGCAAAAGUGGUUUCCGGACCUGCGGGGCACCGUGAAUGGCAUCGUGCUCAUGGCGUUUGGGUCGGGCGGCGGUGUCUGGAACCUCUUCUUCCGCGCGCUCGUCGGCCCAGGAGCGAGUCGCGCCGACAACAUGCCGCACGUCUUUGCGUACCUUUUGCUGGUGUUUGUGCCGCCGCUCAUGCUGUGUACGCUUUUGAUGCGGACGCCGCCCGCGAGCUUCCGCGUCAGUGGGCACGACAUGCACGGGAUUGCGACCGAGAAGGCGCCGUCGGCCAGCUUUGUCCAGGACGAGUACCUCAAGGUCGGCAUGACGCUCGUUAACUAUGCGGCGCUGCAGCACCCACCUCAAAACGCUGCUGUCGAAGGCACGGAGCGCCACUACUACGAGCAAGUUAAGGCGCUGACGCUGCUCCAGUGCAUUUUUUCCACGGACUUUCUCUGCCUCUUCCUCGCGGCCACCGCGCUCAACAUGCCGGCGAGCGUCUACUUUGAGCUCGCGACGACGACGACGACGGGCGACUUCAAGUCCAUGGCGUGGUUUGGUGUCGCAAAGGGGGACAUUGAUAAUGUGAUUUCGGUCGGCUUGCUCAGCAGCUCGGUCGGCCGCCUCGUCUGCCCCAUGUUCUCGGACGUUUUGAUCCGCGUCUUCUACGCCAACCCGGCCUUUGCGCGCAAGGUGGUGCUCGUGUUGCUCUUGCUCGUCGACGCGGUCGGCCUCGGUCUUCUCGUUCCUCGUCUAGAGGGGGACUACGACACCCUUGUCCAGGUGGUCUACGUGCUCAAGUUUGUGAGCGGCGGCGGCGCGUCGAUGGCGGCCUGCCUCGUCACCGACCUCUACGGUGUCUACAAUGUGGGCACCAUGUACGGGCUCCUCCUCCUCUACUGGGCCGUCGGUCUCGCCAGCGUCGGGCUAACUUUGUCCGGGUCGUUGGCGCAGUUUCUGUCGCAAAUGCACUCGAUGGUCGCUGUGUGCUGCGUCGGGUGUGCGCUCGUUUGCCUCGUGCGCACCAGCUCGUCCGACCGGUUCUACAAGGGCUACCAGUUCACACUCUGCCGCAAGCCCAUCGUGCAGAUCCCGUUCUCGCACCCGUCGGCGCCGACCGACGCCGUCCUUGUCUCGACGCCCGGUCGCAGCUCCUUCUUCAUGUGGGACUCGGACCACAGCACAUGAGUAGCUGCGUUGAGUUAUCCUAAGAAAUGAAUGUUGCAGUGCGUCUUAGGCGGCGUGGGCAGCUCUGCG